GAGACGUUACGAGGGCAGAGUGAGUCUGUUCACUCAGGAGCUGGAGAGAGGAAACGUCUCCUUACAGCUGAGAGACUGUACAGAGUCAGAUGAAGGACAUUACCUGUGUCAGGUCACUGAUGGAGACAGAACAGAGGAGAUUACAGUGGAGAUGAUAAGUGAUCGUCAAGUAAAAGACAUCUGGGUUAUUCAGAGUGACAGAAAAUGGACAGAAGAUAAGAGAAUAAAAAUGAAGAUCUCGGCUCUACAGACUGAACUGAAGGGAGCAUUAAAAUCACUGGAACAUAAAGACCAACAGCUGGAGGAUUAUAAAAGACAAAUAGAGAAUAAAGAUACAGAACUGAGAAACAGAGAGAAAACCAGUAAAAACAAACAGGAGACACUGGGACAGGAGCUGGAGGAUGAGAAGAGACAAUUACAGGAGAUGAUGAUCGUACUGGAGCAACAGAAAACUGAGUUAGCAGAAAAAAACAAACAGCUUGAAGAGACAGAGAGACAUCUAACUGAGAGAGAGACACAGCUAAUGGAGAGAGACAAACAGCUUCAGGAGAAAGACAGACUUCUAGAGGAGAAAACAAAGCAGCUGCAGGAACAGACAGAUCCAGAAUCAUCAGCCCCCAUCAGGAGAAGAAACAGCAAGGACGUUUUAUCUCCAUAUAGUGAUGGAGAGACUCAGGACUCAGCAGCACCAAUCAGGAGAAGAAACAGUAUGGGGGGAAUUUGUCCUGAUUUGGGUGGAGAAUCGUCUAGUCCACAUUUUCCACUGUCGGUUCCUGUAGCAGAACUGAGGCUGGUGCUGCUGGGGAGGACGGAGUCUGAGAAGAGUGCAGCAGGAAACACCAUCCUGAGCAAAGAGGAGAGGAACCAGGCUGCUACAUCUACAGCUAAAUCUACAGCUACAUCUACAUCCACUCAGCAGAGUAAGAGCACACAGGGGGAGGUGGCUGGGAGGAAGGUGACAGUGGUGGACACUCCUGACUGGUUCUCUCCUGGACUCUCUCUGGAGAGGCUGAGACAUGACGUGGGACUCUGUGUGCAUCUGUCUGCUCCAGGACCCCAUGCAUUUCUCCUGGUCAUACCUGUAAAGCAGCCUACAGGAGAGGAGAGAGGGAUGCUGGAGAAAAUGGAGGAGAUUUUUGGAGAAAGAUGUUGGAGAAACACCAUGAUCAUAUUCAGUGUUACUAAAGAACUUCAGAGGAAAAACAUUGAGGAGUUUAUCCAAUCAGGAGACCAGGAGGUCCAGAGACUAGUGGAGAAAUGUGAGAACAGGUUUUACUGUCUCAACGUUAAAGAGAGUGAUGAUGGUUCUCAGGUCUUAGACCUGCUGGAGAAGAUAGAGAAGAUGGUGGGAGGAAGCAGAGAGAAAUUCUACAGCAGUGAGAUCUACCUGGAGACAGAAUCUCAGAUUAGAGCAAUGGAGACUAAGAUCCUGAAGGAAAGAGAAUACAAAAGAAUGAGAGAGGAGAUGGAAGUGAAGGUAAAAAUAGAUAAGGAGGUGCAGGACUCUCUGAAAAAGAUAGAGGGAGUGAUCCAGGAGCAUGAAGGAGACAUCAUACAACUGAUUGACAGAACAACUGAACUGGAAAGAAAGGUCAAAGAAGAGAGAGAUGAAGAGAAAAAGAGAGGACUUGAGAGGGAGCUGAAACGAGAGGUAGAGCAAAGGACAGAAAUGGAAGAAAAGGUGAAGAAACUCAAAGAAAAGAGAGAGAGGGAGAGGAGAGAGAUGGAGGAGAGGCACCAAGAGGAGAUAGAGGAGAUCAGGGAGGUGUAUGACAAAGAGGUCAGGAUGGAGACAGAGAGAAACCUCAUAAAGACCAUCCUGCCUGAACUCCAGAGAAACAUUUUGGCCUCGAAAACAAAGAUGCAGGAAGAGUUCAGCAGACAGAUGGAGAAGAAGAACAGAGAGCUUAAGACUCUUAAACAGAAACUUUUAGACCUCACAGAGACUCACAGUCUGUGUAAAGAGGUUUAUCAGAAAUCUGUGAGAAGCAGCUCUGAGCCAAAAAGAGCAGCUGUAACCGGAGAGGCAUCAAAGGGAAUUUCUCUGAAAUUUAAAGAAUUUUUUCACUGAAUAACAGAGUUCAUAAAGCCCCAGACACUCACCCAGUUAGAAACUGAGCAUGCAAUCCAGAGACAGUGGACAGAGCUGGACUGGGAUAAACAUCCAAUUACUUUAUUUAGCUGCACUGCAUAUAAGUUAUCUUGUUUUUCAAACACACACACACACACACACACACACACACACACACACACAUAAGCAUAGGAUACCUCUCAAUAAGUUCCUAUUAUCUUCAGGCUCCUCCCUACUGAUUCAGCUCCCUCUCCUCCUGCUCCUCCUCAUUCUGCCCUUCACUCCAGCCCUCAUCAUCGAUUACAGUUCACUCCUGCUCUCCUCUAUGACUCUAAACCUGCUCUUCUACACCUGUCUGAUGAUGCUGCACAAUGAAGAGGUGACUGCAGCAGUCUCUACAGAUGUCUGGAAUCUUUGCACAUUUGGCUGCAAACUUCUAAGCUUUUUCUCACAGAGCUUUUACAAAUGACCUAUUUUUAUAUGGGCGGAGCUAGGUACUUCAUCGCUAUGGUGUCACGUGAUUGGUCUUAUGCUGUCAGCAGACAAAUCAAUGGGUCCCUCAGUGGAUCCCAGUCUCUCCGUGAUAGGCCAAAAAAAUUAUCAAUAAAUGUAAUAAUAAUAAUAAUAAUAAUAAUUUGUAUCAGACCUAAAUCGCAUUGGCCCACUGGGAAAAUGCCUGUUAUACCAGAGUCCCUGAUGGCCCUGAUGGUGGACAUCACUGAGAAGAGAGAUUAGCAUAAGGUUAAUUAAGGAGCUAAUAAGCCAACAAACUGUUAUUUUACGUUACAAAAACUCUGCAUCAAAAUGCCCUAACCAGCAUGUAUAGUGUAGAUUUUUAUUUUUAUAUGAUCUGUUCAGUUGGCUGCAAGUGUGUAUAAUAUAAUUUAGGUUAAUUAUUUUUGUCACAAAUACAUUACUGCACAGUAAAAUCUUUUCCUCACAUGUCCCAGCGUAACUGGGGUCAGAGUGCAGGUUCAGCCAUGAUACAGCGCUCCUGGACAAUAACAAUUUAUUGGAGCUGGGACUCGAACCACUGACCUACCGAUCAGUAACUCAGUGCCUUAACCCUCUGAGCCACCACUGCCCCUAAAAACAUAUUAAAAAUAUAUUAACACAUAUAAAAAUAUAUUAACAGUUACUUCUUCGUUCCUUGGCAUGCAGGGAAUUAAUCAGGUUUUAUGAGUGGGACAUUUUGGGACAUUUUACAAACUGAAUGUAAGGUUUUAUAAUAUUGUAAGACAUUGUAAUCUAAUAAGAAGAUCCCUGUGCCCUGAGGACAGACCCCUCACUGUGCUUCCUGAUGUCUUAUGUGGUAACACCUUCUAUAUCCUGUACCCAGACUAAUAUACAUCCACAUGGCUCUUGUCUGCUAGAACCCUUUUGUUUAAUCAGGAGAAUGUAAAUGUAUUUCCUCUCUCCUGUUGUCACUGAACACUGAAGAAAUAAUAUUAUGCCUCAA